AAAAAAUCAAAUCGAACAAAACUUAGCUUUUUGGCUCAAUACCAUCGUUUAUACAGGGCACCCUUUUUUUCCAAAAGGAGAGAAGAAAAUAUGAAGCGUUUAUGAACUCACCGUACAUACUUACGAAAUUGGUCUCUCUGGCAUAGGACUUGAAUAGAAUCAGUGCUUUGAUUCAUGUCGUGGAAGGAAACCCCAGAUCAUGUACUUGUCUCUCAUACAAUUUCGAUUACCAAGGUAAAAGGAGUUCGCGAGCCUUACAUUUGCAGAGAAAAGGUGUUUUCAAGCCUGUUCAUUGAAAUCAAUAUAUAGGUCCAAAACGACCAAUUCCUAGUGCACCUUUCUUUUGCUUUGAAUAGAAAAAAGUUCUCCUUCCAAAACCUUUUUAAGCCUUUCUUCAAGAGCAGAGUGAAUUAAAUCAAUGGGGGUUUGUAUACAAUCGUUGCCCAAGCUUGCGAAAAUUUAAGUCAAAAGUAUCGAAAAAUAAAAAGAUGAAUUAAAAGAUAUUGAAACCUUACAAUAAGCACUACAAUUUCUCCAGUUUAUGCUAGGAUUCAGUCCUGUUCGAAAGGCUUGCCCUUCACACGCAACUUGAAAACAACAAGUGUUCUCGCUUUUCGUGAUCCUAAAAAUGCUUUGGCUAGACCAAUAUCGCCCUAAAACACUUUCAUCUUUAGACUAUCAUCAUCAGUUAUCCGAGCGACUAAUUUCUCUGGCAGCUACAAAUGAAUUCCCACAUUUAUUAAUUUACGGGCCAAGUGGAGCAGGAAAGAAGACGAGAACAGUUGCUAUUUUACGAGAGCUGUACGGCCCUGGCGCUGAAAAAUUAAAAAUCGAUCAACGAACGUUUCUCACCCCAAGUAACCGUAAAAUCCAAAUCAAUAUAGUUUCAAGUUUGCACCACAUAGAGAUUACGCCUAGUGAUGUUGGAAAUUAUGAUCGAGUGGUUAUGCAGGAGUUGUUAAAGGACAUUGCCCAGUCUGCACAGGUUGAUUUGCAAGCUAGAAAGAAGUUUAAAGUGGUGGUUAUCAACGUCGCCGAUGAAUUAACAAGAGAUGCUCAAGCUGCUCUUCGUCGGACUAUGGAGAAAUAUUCAAACAAUAUUAGGCUAAUACUUAUUGCUAACUCAACAUCUAAAAUCAUUGAACCCAUUCGCUCUCGUACAUUAAUGGUCCGUAUCGCAGCGCCUUCUGAGUCGGACAUUAUGAAAGUCAUGUCCCAAAUCCUAGCCGUUCAAGAAUUAGAAGCACCGACUUCUCUUCUCGAAAAGAUUGCUAAUAACUGCAGUCGUAAUCUCAGAAAAGCUAUUUUAUUAUUAGAAACUGUUCAUGCAAAGUCACCUCAUAAUCGACAGUUGACAGAUAAUGGGUCUCAGCUACCGUUACCGGAUUGGCAAACUUUUAUCAUUCAAGUGGGAACUUCUAUGCUUCAGGAACAAUCGCCUGCUCGAAUUUUGGUAGUUCGUUCUAUGCUAUACGAUCUUCUCUCUCAUUGUAUUCCACCAACCAUCAUUUUCAAGGAGCUCCUUGGCUUUCUUUUACUAAAGGUGGAUGCUAAAUUGCAUCCCCUUCUUAUUCAGUCUGUUGCAAAUUACGAACACCGAGCUCAAAUGGGAAAUAAGUCGAUCUUUCACUUGGAGGCAUUUGUUGCUUACUUUAUGAAAAUUUAUACCAUGUCGCUUCUGGGAAUGGAGCUUCCUUAUCCAUAAAGGGGUUCCUUUUUGCUUUGUAUAUAUCUAUUAUAGUUACUAUAAAAUAAUUAGGAACAAAAUGUCAACGCCAGUCAUUGUUUUGAACUUGAAGCCCUGGUGAUUUUUUCUAUUUUACAUUUUCAAUUUCGAAAAGUAUACUUAACAUGUGUUCAUGAUAGCACUUUUCUUUUUGAAUGAUUUUACCUAAAAAGGCACCAUCUAUUUAUAUCACUAUUGUCCUGUCAAUACUAUCUGAAUGUAAUACAGCUAGCGUUUGAAUAAAACACGUAAUGAAUGCGGAUAACAACAUGCUCAAAUGAAAUGAAU